CUCGAUAAGCCCCGAGGUUUUUCCCAAGCGAAGUGACUCUGUGAUUCCGUGAUUCUGUGAUUGAUUCUGUGAUUCUGUGACCCGGCCACGGCUGAGGCGCUGAGGCACCGCGGCUUCUCCUGAAGCAGGACACCGGCCGCGCCGAGCUCAGCUCCAGCACACGCUCUGCAUUCAGCAGCACCAAAGAAGCCGGUUCGCCUCGGGAUGGGUUCGGGGCAGAGGGUCCCCAGGCCCCGGUUAGGCGGCGGCGGCGGCGGCGGCAGCGACACAACAACCCCUCCCCUCAGGGGCGGCGGCGCGCCGCCAUCUUGGGGCGGGCAGGCGCGGGGCGGGAAAGGCGCGGGGCGGGAAAGGCGCGGGCUCACGUCAGUUCCGGCGCGGCUCGGGCCGGUGCCGUCCCGGAAUCGUCCCGGUGUCCCCGUCCGCUGUCCCUCCGUGCUCCCGGGAAGUCGCUCUGCGCAAACAGGAAUGCAUUCCCUCACCGGAGGGUUGGGACAGGACGCGCGGCCCGUGCCGGGCGCGGGCCCCGGCGCCGUGGAUCGCUUCCUGAGCCUGCAGCAUUCCAUCUCCUCGGGCCUGUCGGCCGCGGAGCUCGAGGCCAUGAAGUUCCUCUGCCGCGACAAAAUUCGGAAGCGAAAGCUGGAGACGGUGCGGAGCGGCCUGGAGCUCUUCAGCAUCCUGAUGGAGCAGCAGGUGGUGGCGCACGACGAGCUGGGGUUCCUGAGAGAGCUGCUGCGGCACAUCAGUAGGAGCGAUUUGCUGUCACUGGUGGAGCAGUUCGAGCAGGGAGAGCUUCGUGCCCCCGAUGAUCAGCCGGAUGAGCAUGAAAAACGACUCCUGAAGGCAGCCUUUGAUGUCAUCCGUGCCCAUGUUGGGAGAGAGUGGAAGAAGCUGAUGCGAGAACUUGGGCUGCCAGAGGUGAAGCUGGAUAAGGUAGAGGCAGCCUACCGAUUUGAUUUGGAGGAAGAGGUUUUUCAGGCACUUCGGGAGUGGCAGAAGUGGAGGGGGAAGGAUGCAAAGGUGGCUGACUUAAUAAAAGCCCUCCAGGACUGCAACCUGAAAUUGGUGGCAGACAGGGUUGAAGAGAAGAUCUCCCAGGUGAACAGUGGAACCAGAUGAAAACAGUGUAAAACUAUGAAUGAGAAAAGUCAGAGUGCCUUCUUUUCUUCUGGACCAAAAUAAUUAUCACUGGCUGCUUAUCAUGCCAUUUAUUUAUGUGCCUUAAUAAGUUAAUUUGUGCUCAGGUGAAAAUUGACAUGGAAACAGAUUCCUUUCAGAGAGCACUCUGUAGUUUGAUGCUUAUUUCAAGAUAUUUUAAUAGAAGAAAUUUUCACGCUUUUGUUCUGCCACUCACCUGAAAAGAUUUGCUUUGCUGCAGGCACUUUUCAGGUGCAUCUCCACUGGAAAUACAUCCAUGGGACGCUUCUGAGACAACUGGAAUUUACAAUUUCAUGGGGUCGUUGGUUUUUUUUUUAUGGCCUGUUAUAAAUACAGUGUGAAAGGGAGAAGGAGUAAAGUUUUCAGCUGGGUGCUGGCUUUUCUUUUGGAGUAGCAAAAAAUAGUAUCUUAGGUAAUUUGUCAAACAUAUUUGCUCUCCAUUGAAGUAUAUUAAGACAACUGUAACCUCAGACUGCAGUGCAAGAGGGACAUUAAAUAUUGUGGUGGCUUUCUUGGAAAAAACGUGCCUGGAUUUGAAAUCGAAGUCAAAUGUCUGCACCAAGUGCCUUCAGCAUCCUGAAGUUCUCCUGAAACUAUCCAAGAUCACACAGAUGUUUACAGCAGCCUCUUUCCUUUGGGGCUCUGUGCUGGGCAUCCUCCUGUGGCCUCUGUCACAGAGGCUGCUCGUGUGUGCUGGAAGGUGUGAGCCACUCACAGAGGGAGCAGGAUUCGUGAGCCUGUGUCACAUGCAGUUCUCAGCUUUCAUCUGGAACAGCCUUCAGUCUGUGGCCUUCACACCUCACCUGCAGCUGGAGAAAUUGCACAGUUGCACAGUCUAGGACAUGCAGGGCUGUAGAGGCCUCAGGGGGAAGAAUCCCAUGACAUCAUUACUGCUUGAACAGCCGUGGGAUCCUGUGUUUCUGCAAACAUCUCCCAGGUGCCUGGCUAGACACUGGAAGAGGUUUUAUUGCUGCUGCACCUGUGGGACUUCAGCUCUUUCCAAGUUGUUUUUAUGUGGUGCCAUUGCUGUGAAGACCAAGUGUUAGUAUAUAACUUGUCACUGCUCUGCAGAAACAUCAUGACACUGAUGAUUUUCAAGUUUUCAUUGCAUGUGGUGCCUCUUGCUCAAACAGUGAGGCUUGAAUACUUUAUUGUAGUAAGUGGAAACUGCUGUAAGUUCACGUGAUAGAAAAAUCAUUUCAGUUAGAGGUUUUUCCCCUUCAAUGAUUCCUGUCCACAUUCCUAGAAGUUCUCAAGGCCAGGCUGGAUGGGACUUGCAGCAACCUGGUCUAGUGGAAGGAGUUGGAACUGGAUGAUCUUUUUGGUCCCCCCUGCCCAAACCAUUGUGUGCUGAUUUGCAGUAUCUUUCCAGUUUGGUAUGUUUAGUAUUACUGGUUGUAUCCAAGCAAAGGAGUUGCCACCUGUCUGCCUUUUGGGCAGGCAGAGUUCUCAGCGUUCUUAUUCCCUUUACUUGUAUCAGUUGUCAAUUCCAGGCUCCCUGGAGGAGAUGCUGAGCUUCAGCUGAAUGACAAGCUCAGUUGUUUUGGAGAUUUUUGUUUCCUAGACAUCAGGAGUAUCCAUUCUGCAGUGUCUAAAGAAAAGGUUUGCUCCAACAGCUCUUCCUUCCUCCCUCUGAGCAAUCCCUGGGAGGUGAGGAGUGGAAGUGAGCGGGAUGUUAUGUGAGUGCUCAAACAGCUCCAAGUCCAAUCUCUGCUGAAGUGCUUUUCUUAUCCACUUUUAAUGAGUCUUCUGUGUCACCGAGGAGAUUUAUGUGGAAUAGGAAUACUGCCCACUGCAUCCAGCCAGGAUAUUUUAGGAACCAGUUGGAAUAACCUGUUGGUUGUAGCCAAGCACUCAUGAGCUACAAGAAAUAUUCUGCCUCAGGAGGUAAAACCUCUUGUUUCUCUAAGGAUUUUAUACAUCCUUUUACUGUGUCUGAAAGCAGUGACCUAAACUGCAUCGAUCUGUGCCAUACCUUAGGGCCAAUUAAGAUUAUUGUUAUGAGAUAUUAAAAUGUUGUUUAUGCGAAAGCAAAAUCAACUGAAAGGAAGGGAACAAAAUCUUUUUAUUGGGAGGAGGGAUAAAGAGUGCAGUUUUUAAGGGAAUAUUUUCUGAUCCAGUUGACAAUCUUUUCAAAUUAAACACCUUAAACUCAUAUGCAUAUUUUUUAUAACUUGAAUUAAAAUUUUAUAUUGUAUAAUUCUGUGUACAUUUAAUUUAAAAUAAUUCUUUAAAAAACCAAAAUAAAUGGAAUGGGUUUUUUUUCUUGUUUGAUGGGAUUGCUGUCUGCAGUAAGAUCUCUGACUGGGAGAAAGUGGAUAUUAAGGACACACUUAAUUAAGGAGUGGUGCUAAACAGGCAUUGUGUUACCUGUGCCCUUCUUGGGACAUUAAAGACAAAAAGCAAAGUGUUUUGUCAUUGAGCUUCUCAGAAGUGCUAAACAGGCUGCAGUUUGCCAGCAGCAGCAGCGUUUGAAUGCUGUCACUCAGGGAGGUGUAAGCAAAAAAAGAUUUCCUGCCAGCCCUCAGGAGCCCAAACUCGAGUCUCAGUGUGCCUGGGAGACAGGCUUCCUUCUCUAUUCCUCUGCUAGGAGAAGUGCUGUGCUAAGGACAUUAUAUUUGUUCUAUAAUUAAUUAAAAGCCUGGCUUCUGGUUUAGUCUAAGCUUGGUCAGGCUUUUAGAGAACGUGCUCAGAACGAAUUGACAGAGGGUCGGGUGCUCUGUGGAGUCUCAGCCUGCACUUAAAGCUGUGAGUGAGUAAGACAAAUAACUUAAUUGCCCAUUUUAUCAAAUCCUUUAGGAUGCCCUGCAAGAGUAUCUGCCUGUGAGGAAUUACUCAAACCUUUUUUCUUUUGGUCUCCUGAGAGUAAUCUUUCCUCACAGCCUUGAGAAAACAGCACAUCAAAACAUGUGGAGAGUUAAAAGUGCCAUCUCGUGAGAAUUCUCAUCUUGGAGGAUUGUUUUUCCAUGUCAUUUCUCAGUCCCUUUCAGCACUUGCUUGCUGUUACCUAUGAUUUUUGAAGAUAUCAAUUAUAAUCACAUUUUGAGGUGGUUAUCUUUUUUUGAAUUGCAUUAUUUUUAUUACUGAGUUAAAAGAAGUUUUGUAGACUAUUAAUUAAAAAUCCUCUUACACAAAUUGGUUAUUGUGAACAUUUCAAAAACAAUGCUUUGGUUUCCUUUUCUCCAUUCUCCACGCUCAGGCAGCUGCAUUUCCUCCAGCCUUUGUUUCAUUCCUAAAAUAAUUAUCUCCUUUCUGAAAUCGAAUUGCUUCAUUUAAUUGUUUAAUGAAGAAAGCUUAAUAACAGACUGUGUCUCUGAGCUCUCUCUGGCGCUCAGCAUGUUCUUAAUUCAGGCUUUUUGGCUGAGUAUUUUUCAAUUCAAAUUUAUUUCCAAUCAUGCCUUGUGCCCUUCUUCUGCAUGAAUCACCUGUAUCCUUAAAAAUGUGUUCUAGCACAAAUAUUUUUCUAGGUUGUCUUUCCUCUUUGAUUUAUUGCUUUUCUCUGCCAGUGUUUUGGUGCUCUGGUGGAAUUGAGAGAAAUUAGCUCACUGUUUCUACCAUAAAAGUAGGAAUCAUAGUGGGGAGCUGAGGGUAGGGGAAGGAGUUGUGAGGAGAGAUUCAGGAUCUUUUGGAGAAUCUGUGUUUCAAUAAAAACUCGCAGAUUGAGGAUCUUUUGGAGAAUCUGUGUUUCAAUAAAAACUCGCAGAUUGAGGAUCUUUUGGAGAAUCUGUGUUUCAAUAAAAACUGUCGCAGAUUCAGGAUCUUUUGGAGAAUCUGUGUUUCAAUAAAAACUGUCGCAGCUGAGGAUUGCUUCACAGGGGUGUGUUGCAAUGGGUGCUGUAGGUUCAGGGAGAGAAGGAAGCAGGGCUUCACUCAGCUGCUGGGAAAGGCAGAGUCAUGCAGCUCUCUCGUGGGAAUCUGCGUGGAACCAACUCUUAAUCAUUAAAUAGUCCCGUCCACAGAACCAUUCCUGCUCCUGCCUCAUUCCUGAAAGCAUUACACAUGCCUCUCUUAAAGCAGGCUGAAGUGAAAACAACAGGCUCGUUCUUGUGCAACAUGAUGUAACAGACACCAUUAAAACCCCUGGAGCUGGCCAUCCUAGUUGAGUUGGAAUUCAGUGUUUCCCUGACCUGAUGGGUUUGGAAGCUGAAAGCCUUUUCCAAGUGCUCUGUGUGCUUGUCCAGUUGCUGCCUGGAUGGCAGCUGAGCUCUCCUUUCCUUUGGUUUCCUGUGCUGUGUUGGUGCAGGUCACAGAACUGCAGGCAGCUCUCGCAGUAACCAGCUCUUGUAGCAGAGUGGAGGGGUUUGUGUGUGUUCUGUACUCGAUAAAAAAUAACAACUCCAAGGGAGGUCUUGAGGCUCUCCAUACAAUGUAAUAAAAAAGUGCCUUUGCUACGGAAAGCAGCUUAAUGUCAACUUUGUAUCUCUGCUGAGUGCUUCAAAAAGCUGCCAGACUGGUAUUUUUUAUUUACUACGUAAUGUUCAAUCCUUCAGAGCAGGCGCUGGUGCUGCGUGAAGUUGCACAGACAUAAAACUGGAUCAUUGUCAUGGGAGAUAUAAAAAACAUCCACAUGGGAUUUUCUGUAGGUUUCAUUUACAGGUGAGCCUGGCUUUGGAGAAUUUCUACAGAAAGCAACC